AUGUUAGCUCUUAUUUUAUUAACGUGCGUUGCUGCUAUAAAAGUAUUUAAAAAAUCAACACCAAAUGGUAAAAUUACGGUUUAUUUAGGAAAACGAGAUUUUAUCGAUCAUUUAGAUCACACGGAUCCAAUUGAUGGUAUUGUCGUGGUUGAAGAUGAUUAUUUACAGGGUAAAAAAAUUUUUGGACAGCUCACUACAACCUACAGAUUCGGUAGAGAAGAAGAUGAAGUGAUGGGACUUAAAUUCAGCAGAGAAUUGAUAUUAGUUAAUGGACAAAUCGUUCCAGGAAAUUACGAUAAAGAAAAUUUAACACCCGUACAAGAAAGAUUGAUAAAAAAAUUUCCGACGAAUGCAUUUCCGUUCACUUUUAAAUUUCCGGUUAAUUCUCCAAGUUCUGUAACGUUACAACUAGGUGAUGGAAGUACUGGAAAACCACUCGGAGUUCAUUAUUCAAUAAAAUGUUUGGUUGGUGAUAAUGAAGAAGAAAGAGGACAUAAAAAAUCAACCGUUUCUUUAGUUGUCAAAAAGUACGCUCCAGUGAUUCCGAUAAGUCUCGAAGUUACUCUAGAUAAAGAACUUUACUAUCACGGUGAAGGUUUGGGUAUAAACAUCUUAAUAAGUAAUAGCAGUAAAAAAACCGUUAAAAAUAUAAAGUUUUAUGCUGUCCAACAUUGCGAAGUGACCAUGAUAAAUACUCAAUAUUCUAAAUAUGUGGCAAGUUUAGAAACGAGAGAGGGAUGUCCAGUAACUCCAGGGAAUUCAUUUUCAAAAAAAUUUUUUUUGGUUCCACUUGCUUCUUGUAAUAAAGAUAAAUUUGGUGUCGCUUUAGACGGUUACAUAAAGGAUGACGAUGUUAAUUUGGCUUCAUCAACUCUUGUCGAAGAAGGUAAAAAUCCAAAAGAAUCACUCGGUAUAAUCAUUUGCUAUUCUGUUCGUGUUAAAUUAAAUUGUGGGACUCUUGGUGGCGAAUUGGUAACCGAUGUGCCAUUUAAACUCAUGCAUCCGGCUCCAGGUUCGGCGGAAGAGAAAAAAAUGAAAACAUUAAACAAAACUAAAAGCAUUGAUAGAUCGAAUUUUGAUAACACUUAUCAAUCUGGAGAAGAUGAAGAUAAUAUUAUAUUCGAAGAUUAUACUAAAUUAAGAAAAGCAGAAUCCGAAGAUUAUUAA